GGCGCUGCGCGCAGUCGCCUUCCUUCCAGCAGGGGCGGACACAGGCAGGCUCUUCUGGGCAAGGAAGCUAGGCUUCCAUGCACGCACGUACACACACUCACACACGCGCGCGCGUAGAGACAACUUACAUUCAGUUGCCCGGGACAGCAGCACGAGCGGAGGCGCUGGACGGGCUCGAACGCCCCUUUUCCUUUUCGGCGCUCAAGCUCCGCAGCCAGAAAAAGAAACCCUCAAACCGUGCGGCAGAGUCACCGGGCCACUCCGGCUGCUAUGAUUGGGGUCAUUUGGAUGGACAGUAGCUAUUAGAUUCCAGAAACAAAUUUUGCUGUUUUGGUGCAUUUAGAAAGCACUAGGGAAGAACCCGUUAGUUGAGAAUGAGGACAGCUGAGGAUUCCUCUGGAACUGUCCUUCACCGCCUGAUCCAAGAGCAGCUGAGGUAUGGUAAUCUCACUGAGAAUCGUACACUCCUAGCCAUACAGCAGCAGGCCUUGCGAGGAGGAGGAAGCAGUGGGAGCCCCCAGUCCUCCCUUGAGAGUCUCACACAGGAUGAGAGCCAAAUGGUUCAGCAAUCAACACGACAAGAACCCCAGGGCCAGGAGCACCAUGCUGACCACUUCUACCUGGAGAAUAGCAUGUACCGGUUCUACCAGCCUCAGCAUAAAGGAGAAGAGCUUCCCACCUAUGAGGAGGCCAAAGCUCAGUCUCAGUAUUAUGCCACACAACCAGGACAACAUGUUAGGGCCACUUUGUCUGGAGCACCUAUAGAAGGUGGACAGCGCAGGACCUAUGCUUCUGACAUUAACAGCAUACCGCAGGACGAGUCACUGAAAGAGCUGAAACAUGGUCAUAUACGGUCACUCAGUGAGCAGCUCCUGCAGGUGUCCCUGGAGAGGAAUGGCAUUCAAGCACAGAACCACAUGAGUUCCUCUUACAGCUAUCCUCAACUUUCUAGGCACCACCAACUCUGUCUCUCUAGAGGAAAGUCCUCUGAGGCAUCAGAUGAGCUCCGUGGUCCUCCUCCAGAAUAUCCUUAUAUAAUCCCUUCACAGGAGGCAUCAGAAAGUUACUUUUCUGACCCCAGGCAGCACUACAGAGAAGGUCCAGGAUUUCAACAUCCUGAAAUCAGGAUGAUGCAAACUCCGAUGUCCCAAGCUUUCAUGUCACAACAGGCUGCUCUCUGCCAUAACCAUCUGGGAUCACUUACAUCAGCUGGGGUGGCAGCUUUGAUGGCAACUCAGGCUGCUUCUACUAGUAACCACUUGUCCCAAAUAGAAGCUGUGUUGAUGGAGAAUAAGAAGUUGUUAAGAGAGAAUGAGACGUUUCAAAGAGAAAAUGAGUUGUUGAGGAGGGAACUGGAGAGUUACAAUGAAAAGGCCAACCGGAUUCAAAAGUUGGAAAGCGAAAUUCAACAAAUUUCAGAAGAUUAUGAAAAUCUAAUGAAAGCAUCAUUAAAGCGAGAAGCUUUGGAGAAGACCAUGAGAAACAAAAAGGAUGGGGAAAUGAGGAGGUUGCAAGACUUCAAUCGGGAUCUCAAAGAGCGAUUAGAGUCAGCAAACAAACAAUUGGCUAACCGAGCACAGGAAAAUCAAGAAGGAAACCAAGGGACUAUGGCAAAACUUGUUGCUCAAAACUAUGAAUAUCAGCAAGAAAGGGAAAAGUUACAGCGGGAAAUUGCACGUCUACAUGGCACUAAUGAAGACCAACGUCGGCGGGCUGAACUGUUGGAGCAGGCUCUGAGCAGUGCUCAGGCCCGCACUGCUAAAAUGGAAGAUGAGUUGCAGAAGAAGCGAGCAUAUGUGGAGAAAGUAGAACGAUUGCAACAGGCCCUGGGCCAGCUCCAGGCUGCAUGUGAAAAGCGUGAGCAAUUAGAACUGCGGCUCCGGACCCGCUUAGAGCAAGAACUGAAGAUUCUGCGGGCUCAGCAGAGGCAGAUGGGAGCCCCAGGUGGAGGAUCCCCUGAGUUGAAUGCCCACAUACUGUCUGAACAGCUGAGAGAAAGGGAAGAGAAAAUCCUGGCCCUGGAGGCUGAUAUGACCAAAUGGGAGCAAAAGUACCUGGAGGAGUGUACCAUGCGACAGUUUGCUAUGGAUGCUGCUGCCACAGCUGCUGCACAGCGGGACACCACCAUUAUCAACCACUCCCCACGCCAUUCUCCCAACAGCAGCUUUGACGAAGACCUUUUGCUGGCAAACCACAAACAUCAGGAGAUGGAAAACAGGUUAAAAGAACUUCAUGCCCAAAUCCUUGAAAAGGAUGCUGUCAUCAAGGUCCUGCAACAGCGCUCUCGGAAGGACCCCAACAAGGCUCAUCAAGGCUCCCUACGACCUGCAAAAUCAGUUCCAUCGGUGUUUGCAGCUUCUGCCAUACAAUGUUGGCCAGGAAACUCUGUCAGUGAAAGUGAUUACCACAGCAAUCCAGAUAACAAGGCACUCAAGGCUGAAGCAGAAGUAACUGCUCCAUCAAGUUGUAUCCCCUUCCACACCAAACAUGGCAGCAAAGAUGGAAGUACACAGACUGAAGGUCUUCUCACAAACACUCCAUGUGAUGAGCUCAAGUUGCAUGUUGAAAAAAACAGUGGUGCAGCAAGUUCCCUAGGGAUGUUGCCAGCUGCUAAAAUUCUUGACCUGUCAGACAUGGUGGAGAUUCUCAUCUGAGGAGCAGGAGCUCUUCUAUGGACCAGACCUAGGUGCUCUUUUCUGCCUUAGUGGAUUUCUGCCUUCUCGGGAGACAGUAGCGGACCAAGCGCACAAAGCCUGAGGAGCCCUUCACCAGUUAGGAUGCUCUGUGGAAAGCAGCACUAAAGACUUUGCAAGAAGAUCUGGAAGAGAUCAGCAACCAGAUAGUUGAUUUGAGGAUGAAUAUCUCCAACUGUGGGAGAUUCCCGAAUUUGGAUAGUGCAUCCCACGAAAAUUGUUCUGCAGUACGCUGAACAACUAAGAGUUGAGGUUAAUGCUUACUUCAAGGCAGCUGUUCCACUUUUUCCUCUGCUGCUGGUUUUUCCCAAGAGAUGGGAAUACAAACUGGGAAGUCAAGUGGGACUUUUAUGCUGCCUGGGUAAGGUCCUAGAGGUGGUGGCAUGUUGAAGUUUGGCACUGGAAGAAGUGAUAUACGUAAUACGCAGGACUUCGGGCAGAUGCCCGGACCUGAAGCAUAAACUAUCAUAAGCAAAAGUGUCUGGUGCUGGUGUGGCUACAAUCAAUUUUUCAUACUGUUCCCCCUCCCCCAACUAUGUCCACUGUUCAGUUCAUAAUUAGAGGAACUGCUGCAAAUAUUGGGAAGUCCAAGUGAUCACCUGGAAAAUAGCACAUGACCUAUCAUAGAUCUUAAGGUGAAGGGUGAUGAUGCCGCUAUUUUGUAAAUAUCUUCUAUAAGCCACAGUCCCUUUUGGGGGGCUCUUUCUGUUCUGUUCUAAUAUUUGCAGUGGAUCUGCUUCAUAUCACAGAACUAUUUCUUUUGUUGUCAGAUUUCUUCAAUGUUUGCUCCCCCCCCCCUUUUUCCCCUUCCAUUUGAUAUCCUGUUUGUCGAGAGUUAAAUAUCCGCCUUUGCAGUCCUUCAGAUUCCCUUUCCUUUGAAGCUAUUUCCCAUGAUGCUUUAGACUGGAAUUUCCCUACUCUUUGUUUGAGCAGCAGCCAGGAACCAGUUGUUUCUGUUUCUAUCUUGCCAUGGCCAAAUUAUCCUCAUCUAAGCUGGAUACAUCCCGGUAUGGUGUAGAUCAGCACAGCUGUAUGGGGGAUGAAGGGCUUUGAUGGAGAAUUCCAUCCGGGUCUAAAGCAAGAUUACAGCCGAAUCUCUUCAUUAAUAAGAAUGGAUGUUAUUCUAUUUGUAAAAAAUGGAAAAGUGAAUGAAAACUGCAUUGAGAGAAGAGCCAAAGUAUGAGUGCAGAAGUUUGGGUUAAGCUGGUGUUUUGAAGUGGCUGACAGUGGUAAUUUUAUAAUCGUUAAAGGGCAUUCGUGGGAAUGAUGUGUGUUUGAACAUAGGGGUCUACAACAACAUUGGGUCCCAAAUUUGUGUUUUUCAAAAGAAUCUGGAGAAAAUAUCUGUUAAAGGCACAUCCUUUUCUUUUCUUUGGAACCACUCCAGAAUCUGCUUUCAGCUUUCUUUGCUCUCUCUCCUGCCUACUGACAGCUGGCUUCUGACAGUAGCCAACUCUGAGAUGAGUGCAUUGAUUACUCCAAAUCUUUUGUUUGAUUUCACCAUCACACACUUUCAUCCCCACCUCUGCUUCCUAGUUAAACAUAUGCAUUUGCUGGACAACUG